AUUAAAGUGUUUGGAUCCGCCGAAGGUCAUCUAUAUAAUUACAGGAACCUAAUAAGAGGCUACAAAGACACAUAUUAAUCCGGCGCGGCGGAGAAAUUGCUGAGAUAUUAUUGUGGCCGUGGUUGUUUCUUGAAUUGGCGUGACCAAAGUUUACCCCUUUAAUUUGGGUGGCCAUGCGUCCUACAAUCGGAUUUUUGGCUUACCUUCUCGCCGCCGCCUCCGCGGCGGUUCUUUCCGCUUUCUACCUCCACAACCACCACGCCUCUGGCGGCGGUUACGAAUCACCCACGGCGCCUCUUUCCUCCUACAUUAAACUUGCCUCCGAAUCCCCUCUUCGAUCCGAAGCCACAGUUUGGCCGGAGCUAAGGUUUUGCUGGAGGACGGUGUUGGCCACCGUGAUAGGGUUCUUGGGGUCGGCAUGCGGCACCGUGGGCGGCGUUGGAGGCGGCGGCAUCUUUGUCCCAAUGCUCACUUUGAUUGUUGGAUUCGAUACCAAGUCCGCAGCCGCCCUUUCCAAAUGUAUGAUAAUGGGAGCAUCGGCAUCAUCGGUAUGGUACAACCUGCGAGUGCCACAUCCGUGCAGGGCAGUGCCAAUAAUAGACUAUGAUUUGGCUUUUCUAUUCCAACCAAUGCUAAUGUUGGGCAUCACAAUUGGUGUGGCUCUCAGUGUCGUCUUCCCCUAUUGGCUCAUUACCGUCCUCACCAUCAUUCUCUUCAUAGGCACAUCUUCAAGGUCAGCUUUUAAAGGGAUAGAAAUGUGGAAGGAAGAAACUAAGUUGAAGAAUUCGGAAGCUGAACGUCAAACAAUCGUCAAUUCACACGGGGAACUUGAAAUUAAUACCGGAUAUGAGCCACUGGUCCCUAAGGAAGAGAGAACAGGAUUGAUGUUGAUCACAUUUACUACAUAAUAAUCUUUCAGCAAUUAAUGAUGUACAACAUGAAUGUGAAGAAAAUGCUUGUUCUAUUUCUUGUGUGGAUUUCCUUUCUGCUCCUCCAAGUCUUCAAGAACGAUGUCGUUGCAUGCAGUCAGUUGUAUUGGGUAUUGAACUUAUUACAGUUUCCGGUUGCAUUGGGAUUAUUUGGAUGCGAAUGUGUGAAACUUUAUACAGAAAGCAAGAGCCGGAAACUCUCAGGGAACCAAGAAAUGAUAUGCGAGGCCGCCAUUGACUGGACAGCGAUGAACCUCGCUUUGUGUGCCCUUUGCGGCGUCGUGGGCGGAACUGUCGGCGGCUUAUUGGGUUCAGGCGGAGGUUUCGUUCUGGGUCCUCUACUGCUCGAGAUUGGCGUAAUGCCACAGGUUGCAAGCGCGACAGCAACCUUUGUGAUGAUGUUCUCUUCGUCCCUAUCGGUUGUUGAGUUUUAUCUCCUAAAAAGAUUCCCUAUCCCCUUUGCUAUAUACCUCACAAGUGUGUCGGUUUUGGCGGGAUUCUGGGGUCAAUUUUUGGUAAGAAAAAUCGUGACAAUCCUAAGGAGGGCCUCGAUCAUCGUUUUCAUUCUGUCCGGCGUUAUUUUUGCCAGUGCUCUUACAAUGGGGGUCAUCGGUGUGGAGAAAAGCAUGAGUAUGAUACAGAAUCACGAGUUCAUGGGAUUCUUAGACUUCUGUAGCAGCCAAUGAGAUCAAAGAAGGGCAGCACAGAAGAACACAUUACUUAAUAAAUGGAGCAAAAAGUCUCGACAUCGGUCAAUGAGUUGUUGACCACUUCCAAAUGCUCAUAGUAGCUAUAUGCUUACUCCACAUAUAUUUAUAUAUAUCCACUUCUGGCCGAGGGUUAGCCAGCGCUAACACAGUGCCAUGCAAGUAGAGCAUUUCCCUGUCUCAGUUUCUGUAAUUCUCUUUUUUGUUUUUAAUCUUGUUGUCUUUGUUACGUUGUUAAUUAGUGGAUGUACACUAGAGCUCUGGUGGGCUGAUAAUUAGGGCGAAGUAAAUUUUCCUUAAUUUUGUUUUUAGUAUAAUUGCUUUCACUUUUCUUAUUUUGCCCAUCGUAAUUUUAUUACUCG